AAAUAAGCUGUGACCCAUGAAUUAUGAGUGUUUUUGGUUUUUGUUUAAUAAAAUAUUGAAUUUGAAUACUUUUGUAAAUUUUUUUACAUGUUUUGUAUUUAAAACUAAAUUAUCAAUAUAAUUGCAUCAUUCGUUCGUUAAGUCAGAGCAAAAAAUAUUAAUUUCAUAACAGUAUUAUCAAUAUUGUUGCUUACACGAAAUAAGCUGUGAGCCACUGUAAGUGUUGUUUCGAAUUCAUCUGUUAUCAAUCACAACUUUAUUACAGGUGUAGUGAAUAUAAAAUAUACAAAUAAAAAAAUAAAAUGUACAAAAUAUUUCAGAUUUUCAAAAUGGUGCCUUCAAAAUUAAAAAGUAGGGUCUGGAGCUUCUUUAUAAGAAAUUCAGAUGCUUCCGCCACAUGCAAAAUCUGCAGCAAGAAAUUAAAAACAUCAGGUAACACGUCGAAUCUUCGCUGUCACGUUGAGAAUGUACAUAAAAAGGUAUUACUCGAUCAAGUUGAUGAUGCAGAAUGCUCCUCCAAAACUACGCCGCACUCGGAAUCAAAACAGCGAAAAAUUUCUGAUAUAAUGAACAUAACACCAACCGCUGGGACGACAGCGUCAAGUGAGUUAUCCGAUAAUAGUAGUAAGAAGACUGCAUGUAUUGAAUCGUCUCCUAGUACAUGUACUCCGUCAGUACUGCAAAAUAAAUCGGAUCAGUUGCCGGCGCUGAUCCAACCUAAUGUGAAAGACUUUUUUGAGCAGGUCAAAAGUAUUUCUUACCAAGAUGGGUCUAAAUCAAAGAAAAUUACUGAAGCAAUUGUGAAAUAUAUUAUAAUGGACAACAAGCCAUUUUGCACUGUAGAAGGAAAAGGUUUUCUGCAGAUGAUGAAAGAACUGGUUCCGUUUUUUAAAGUUCCAAGUAGAGAAACAAUAAAAUUACGAGUGGAUGAAAAAUAUGAAGCGCUGUCUUCAAUUUUCAAAGAGCAUAUUCGAAAGUGCGACAGCUAUUGCCUAACGUAUGACAUAUGGACGGAGACAAUGAAAAAUCAGUCGUUCCUUGGGGUAACAAUUCAUUUUUUGGACAAUUUACGUUUGUUGAGUGGGACGUUAGGAGUAAUCGAACUGCACGAAAGUCAUACAGCAGCUUAUAUAGAAGAAACUAUGCGUAAACUUUUCAACGAGUGGAACGUUUCCAUAAAUAAAGUUUCUGCUUGUGUAACUGAUAAUGAUUCAACCAUGAUGAAAUUAAAUAGAAGCUUGUUUGGCGAAAAAAAAAUAAUACCGUGCUUCGCACACACGCUUAAUUUGGUUGUAACGCAAUCAAUAGAUAAGUCCACGGAAGUAUCAGCUUUGAUAACUAAGGUGCGCGACAUUGUUAAGUUUAUUAAAAGAAGUGUUAAUGCCAGUGAUCAAUUGCGGCAGAAACAAAUAGACACCGGGGCUUCUACAAGUAAUACCAAGAAAAUGAUUCUUGACGUAAGAACGCGAUGGAAUUCAUGUUUUUAUAUGUUAGAGAGAUUUGUCCAGUUAGCCCCUAUUUUAAGUGAAGUACUGCUCACUCGCCUAGAAGCACCCUCUAUGGUUAAUGCCCCCGAGCUGAACAAAAUUAAGGAGCUGAUUGUAAUAAUUCAAUGUUUGAAAUUCAGUGUUUUGAAAUUGUGACCAGGGAGAUUUCGGCUGAUACCUACGUUAACAUUAGCAAGGUUAUACCUUUAGUAAGCUGUUUAACUGAAGCUCUGACAAAAAUUUCAGCUCAAGAUGCUAUUGUAGGGGAGCUAAAAAGUGAACUGCAAAAGAACAUGAAAAAGAGAUUUGACAAACUUGAAUUUAAUUCAGUUCUGGCGUUGGCUACUGCAUUGGAUCCGAGAUUCAAAUUACUGCAUUUUAAAGAUGCACUGGCUAAAAAAAAACAGUUUUGUAGUUAAAUAGUUUCAUAAAGGAUGCAAAUAAUAGCGUUAGUACGUCGGAAUCUUCGGAUGAGUUUGCAACAGAAAACCCGUUUGAUAUUUGGAGCCAUCAUAAACAGUUGGCCCACCAAAAUAUGAAAUGUAAGUUUUCCAAUUCAUCUGCUAUUACAACAACGGAAGUUGAAGUGCAAAUGUAUCUUGGAUCGGCUGUUGCUUCUAUCAAUCAGAAUCCAACAGAAAUGUGGGAUGAUAUGAAAAAUGUAUUCCCGGAAUUGUAUAAACAAGCUUCCAAAUAUUUAUCUAUUGUGGCCACUUCAGUACCUAGUGAACGACUGUUUUCUAAAUCUGGAGCAACGAUCACAGAGCAAAGAAAUCGCUUGACAGGAAAAAGACUUUCCAAAUUGUUAUUUUUAAAUUCUGUUUUAAAUAAAUAAUUUGUUGUUUGUUAAAAAACUAUUUAUAUAUUUUAUUUAUUGAGAAAAGGUUUUAAUAGGUAGCUCAAAUAUAUAUCAACUAAAGGCGUACUACUGUAUUUCACUUAUUUAUGGUUCUGAAAUUAGCCUUUUAUGCUCACUUAUAAAAUACGUUAAAAAAGUUCAAAAAUAAAUCGAUGUUUCGAUGUAUCGAUGUUUUAAUGGCCGCUGUUUUUGAUUUCGAUGGGUUUUGGAGAAACAUCGAUACAUCGAACCAUCGAUGUUUAAUUUCCCGAUGUUUAAAUCCCUAGACGUAAGUCGGUUUAUUCUUCGUUUCUUCGGAGGGAACAGAACCUGUUAAAAUCCAGUAGAACACUGUACGUUGGGCAAGGAACCGAAGAUCUUUGAUUUUACCCCGUUUAGUAUAAUUUUCGGAUAGAUAUCCCCUCCGAUCAACAAGUCAAUCUUUUGACUCGUAUGAAAAUUAUAAUCCGUUGUUGAUUGAUCUGGAUGUAAGCAGUCCAGUCAGUUGUGGUAGUACCAACGCUUCCGCUUUUAGUUUUAAACCUUUGUUACGGGGCGAGCCAAUGGUGAUUGAGCUUACUGUUUGAACUCGUCCCGACACGGUAUUUUUCAAUCCCGAAACUCGUGCGCUGACCUUCCUGCUUGUCAGAUUUAAUCUGUUGGUAAUGAAGGUUCUUUCAGAUCCCUAAUCGAUCAGGGCUCUGACAGUGAAGGUGUUCUCGUUGUGACAUAUAGUCACCAUAGCUGUACCUAAGAGCAUGCUUCGACUGGUAGGCACAUUUGAUACAUUGGCCUUAAUGGAGGCCACAUGAGAUUUAGUGGAAAUCUCAGUAGGGUAUGUGCUGGCGGGUGACUGAGCAAUUUCUUCACUCUAAUCCCGGUGAAUCAUAGAGUGAUGUCUCUGUUUGCAUUUAAUACAAUUGAACAUAAUUUUACAAUCUUCAUGUGUAACCGAUAUCAGUUUAGGCAGACGUGAUGUUUUCUGACCGCAUUUAACCUUGCGUUAGGCUGCAUCUCUAUAAAUCUUUGAUAAGUUUUUAAAACGUGCGAUUGAGAUGAGCAAAGUUUACAUUUAAGAUUGUUUGUCUUGACGGGAUGGGAAUUUAUGGGUUUGGACCCCGUCCUUGAUUGCAAGGUUGGUGUCCGACCUUCACCAUCAGCCUUCUUAAUCUUGGGUUGAGUACUCGCCUCGCCUUUGAAGUUUGAUACUCUCUCUAGCGUUUUAACUCGUUUGGUUAGAAAUUUGUCUAACUCAACCCAUUUUGGGAUCUCCGAAUCCGAUUGUUCCCAAAGCGACAGUGUAUAGUCAGGCAAUCGGAUAGAACACAAAUACGUAAAUAAGGCAUCCCAGCUACCUAUAUUGAUGCCAUGUAUUUGUAAAGCUGAAAGCUAUUUAUCUCCCGCUACAAAUUUCUGAGGUCAACCUCAGAUUCAGUUGAAAUAUGCGGAAGCUUGAAUAAUAAAUUUAAUUGCGUAUUGACAAGAAUAUCUACACAACAAAUUAUUCGAAGCCAAUGCGAAUCCAUCAUUCGUCAGAGGCGCUUUCGAAACGAUAGCUUUCGCCUCACAUCGGGUUUUUUGAUUAAGGUGGAAUAACUUUUCGACUGGGGAUAACCUCGAGUUGUUCCCAUAAAUCGCGGCAAAUAGAACCCUUAAUGAGAGCCAUUGCAAUACAUCGCCAUGAAAUAUUUCUGUAUCACAUGGCGGUAAGUUGAGGGAAUAUCUCACGGGUUCUGCCGUUUGUUGCAACCGUUCAGGUUGAAUUAUUGUAGAAUUUGAACUUGGGCUUUGGUUGAACCCCGUGAGGUUGUGCAUGUGUUCGCCCAUCAAGGCCGCACAACACAUAUGCGUGGUAACUGUUGGUAUAUUUAAGUUUUAUGUCCUCAACUGUUUUUGUAUCGGAAGCACCCACCUUUGGCAAACACAACUUGUAUUCCGACUUUACCUCUGCCCACAGAGAUUUCAGUUCGGCUUGUUGUACUUCAAGAGAGUAGGCACUUUGGUUGUUUGCAGUUGGAGCAAAAGACUCCUCAAACUCCAGUAUAGCGUCGGCAGCUAUCAUAAAGGCCUUGAUGGAUUCCAUUGUAUCAGACAAUUUAACCGAAACUGCAGAUAUGUUGCGCAAAAUCGUUUCUAAAAAUUUGAUUUAAAUUUGAAAAAAAAAAUUGCAAAUAUGUUGCAAUAAGUUUAAAAGUUACAGUACCAAUCACGGAAAACUGCAAACUGAAUUAACGCGUUGUUUAGUUGUGAAGCGUACAAAUCUUUCGUAAUAAAAAAAUAAUAAAUUCAAUAAAAAAAAAAAUAUUUUUUUUUAUAUAUGUACUAGCUGACCCGGCGAACUUCGCCCCGCCCAAUUUUUAUUUGAAAUAGUUAAAACGCUUUUUGAACUCUGUUCAAGGCCAUUUAUUUGUAUGGAAUAUUUCAUUUCCAUUUCAGGGAAUAACGUCUCUGAUCAAUUUAAAUAUUUUUGGCGAAGUUCGUUCUUUGUUUUGUUGUGUAUCGUGUACACAAAUAAAGAAGAUGGCUCUCCAACACGCUAACAUGACACAUACAUACCUAUGUAUGUACAUAUAUAACUGUAAAAUUUUGAAUUUAAACGAUAAAUCGGUUUGAAUCAUUCGAAUUCUCAGAAUGAAAAUUUCCUCACUUUUAGAUUUGCCGUGUUGUAGUAAACUAUUCACUACAGUGAAAUUAUUAUUUACGAAUAAAGACGGAAACCUUAGUAUAUAUCUGGUAUAAAAAUCCACGGGAUUGAGAUUCGAACUUGAGGUCAAAAUUUUUAAAAUUAUUGAUGAAAAUUUUCGUAGAGUUGAUAAUAAGCACAAAUUUUCAUAAAAUAGUUCAUUUUUGAUUUUAUAUUCAAGUUUUUAACAAAUAAGUUAAUUACAAAAUUGUUAGUUGAUAACAUGUAACAUUUAAUUUGGGAGGCUUAAGCAAUGCUUAAAUAACAGCUGAAUUUUGUUUUGAAUUUGCUUUGAAUUUUCAGCGACAUCUUUCGUAGCGCUGGUCCUGAAAGACAGUUUAAAAGAUAAUUAAAUUUGUCCACUUUUGGCAUUGUUGGAUCAUCAUGCACCAUGUUGCAAAAGGUGCGGAAAAAACGCUUGUACUCCGCAUACUUUCCACUAAAUUUUGGUAAUUUAAGUGAAGGCAAUCGAUUAUGGUAACUAGUAUUUCCAAACGCUGUUGCGUUGAAAAUGCUAGUGUUUAACUCAGAAACGCGGUUUCUGGGGUUAAUUAACGAAAGUAUUUUAGAUUUUAUAGCGAUAUAUGUUUCUUCAAUUCCUGCUCUUGAUUUGUCUAAUGGAGCGAGAAUUUCAAUAUUGCUCUGAACGUCGCAAAUCUGUUGGAAAUAGGAUUCGACAAUCUGUAGUCGGCAUUCGAUUGCUUUCGUUCGUUGCUUCAAACUAUGUAGGUUACGAAGAAUUGUUGAACGUGUUUUAAUUAGGGAGGAUAAAGGCGUUUGCUCUUCCUCAGCCGUGUUAAGUACAUUACUUUCAUUAUUAUUAGGCAUUUUGAGGCGCAAAAAUAUAAAAUACGAAUACCUGAGUAA